AGCAGCUCUGGGGGAGCUCAGCGCUCCCGUCACGGCUUCUUGGGGGUAGCCACGGCUGGGUGGGUAAACCCGGGGCUGGGUCCCCUAGUGGAGACCCGAGGGGAAUAGGCAGGGGAGUCAGUGCCAAGGGGCACUCGGUCACUUCCUUCUCGGCUCCAGAGCGGCUCCCAGGGAGAACUCCGUGGAACUUCAGAAUCAUUGGUCAGGUCUGCCUUUGAACCAAUGCCCCUGUCCCUGGGAGCCGAGAUGUGGGGCCCUGAAGCCUGGCUGCUGCUGCUGAUCCUGGUAUCGUUGACAGGCCGAUGCCCCGCGGGUGAGCUGGAGACUUCGGACUUGGUGACAGUGGUGCUGGGCCAGGAUGCCAAGCUGCCCUGCUUCUACCGAGGGGAUCCCGAUGAGCAGGUGGGGCAGGUGGCAUGGGCCCGAGUGGACGCGAACGAGGGUACCCGGGAACUGGCCCUGUUACACUCCAAGUACGGGCUUCACGUGAGCUCUGCCUAUGAGGACCGCGUGGAGCAACCGCCGCCCCCCAGGGACCCUCUGGACGGCUCUGUGCUGCUGCGCAACGCCGUGCAAGCAGACGAGGGCGAGUACGAGUGCAGAGUCAGCACCUUCCCAGCGGGCAGCUUCCAAGCGCGCAUGCGGCUCCGCGUGCUGGUGCCUCCCCUGCCCUCCCUGAAUCCUGGUCCACCACUUGAGGAAGGCCAAGGCCUGACAUUGGCAGCCUCCUGCACUGCUGAGGGCAGCCCUGCGCCCAGUGUGACUUGGGACACAGAGGUCAAAGGCACGGUAUCCAGCCGCUCUUUCAAGCACUCACGCUCUGCUGCUGUCACUUCAGAGUUUCACCUAGUGCCUAGCCGAAGCAUGAAUGGACAGCCACUUACCUGUGUGGUGUCCCAUCCUGGCCUGCUCCAAGACCAAAGAAUCACCCACACCCUCCAAGUGGCCUUCCUUGCUGAGGCCUCUGUUCGGGGCCUUGAGGACCAAAAGCUAUGGCAUGUUGGCCGAGAAGGAGCUACACUCAAGUGCCUGAGCGAAGGGCAGCCUCCUCCUUCGUACAACUGGACGCGGCUCGAUGCACCUCUGCCUAGUGGCGUGCGAGUGGAAGGGGACACUCUGGGCUUUCCCCCACUGACCACCGAGCACAGCGGCAUCUACGUCUGCCACGUGAGCAAUGAACUUUCCUCGAGAGAUUCUCAAGUCACUGUGGAUGUUCUCGCAGACCCUCAGGACCCAGGCAAGCAGGUGGACCUAGUGUCAGCCUCCGUGGUGGUGGUGGGCGUGAUUGCGGCUCUCCUGUUCUGCCUUCUGGUGGUGGUGGUGGUGCUCAUGUCCCGGUAUCACCGACGCAAGGCCCAGCAGAUGACCCAGAAAUAUGAGGAGGAGCUGACCCUGACCAGGGAGAACUCCAUCCGGAGGCUGCAUUCCCAUCAUACGGACCCCAGGAGCCAGCCGGAGGAGAGUGUAGGGCUGAGAGCCGAGGGCCACCCUGAUAGUCUCAAGGACAACAGUAGCUGCUCUGUGAUGAGUGAAGAGCCCGAGGGCCGCAGUUACUCCACGCUGACCACAGUGAGGGAGAUUGAAACACAGACCGAGCUGCUGUCUCCAAGCUCUGGGCGGGCAGAGGAAGAGGAAGAUCAGGAUGAAGGCAUCAAACAGGCCAUGAACCAUUUUGUACAGGAGAAUGGGACCCUGAGGGCCAAGCCCACGGGCAAUGGCAUAUACAUCAAUGGGCGGGGGCAUCUGGUCUGACCCAGGCCUGCCUCUCUCCCCUAGGCCUGGCUCCUUCCUCUGACAUGGGGGACUUCAGUUCAUCUUAAGGGACCUCCUUAAAUGUCUACGCUUUUUUAGGAAGAUGCGCCCCACUCCACUGACUGCUCCAACCUUUACCUCCAACCCUUCUGUUCAUCGGGAGGGCCCCACUGGUUGAGUUCCUCCCACCGUAUAUGUAGGUCACUGUGUGUGUGUGUGUGUUUGUGUGUGUGUGUGUGUGUGUGUGUAAGUGUUCACCAGUGAUAUGUACAUGUAAGAGUGACUGUCAUAGUGUAUAUUAUAUUGUCAUGUUAUGUCCAAGUGAAUGGCGGUAUGUGUGCUCCAGGAUUUGAGUCUGCGUGUGGAACACUGUUAGGUUCGGUUUGUGUCAUGUGGCUGUGUGUGACCUCUGCCUGCAGAUGCAGAUAUUUUCCUCAGACCCCAGAGCAGUAUUAGUGAUGCAGAGAUUGGAGGUAAGAGGUGGAGACUGUGGGCCAGAUCCAGAUGUGCGGGCAUAGCUGGAAGUGGACUCUGGCCUCUAAAAGUUGGGGAGGAGCCCUCCCAUCACUUGGGAGCCCUGGGCAAGUGUGAAGCAGCCAUCCAGGGGUCUGCCAGAGGCUUGAACUGCUACAGAAGCCCUCUGCCCUCUGGUGGCCUGUGGGUAGGCCUGUUGGAUGUACAUACUUUCUGUAAAUUAACCUUCAGGGAACCUUUCAGAGUUUUGCUCAGACCCCCUUCAUAAGAGGAAAACAAACCUCUUUUUGAUUUAUCUGCAUUCUUGUUACUGGGCUUGCUUAAAUGAGGCCAUCCAACACAGGCGUUCAACAAAGCUGGACCUCGUGCAGACCCCACCCCAGGGGUUCCUUCCUGAGAUUGGGAAAGGUACUAUUGUAAGGCAUCUACAUCUGUGGAGCACCUUGGGGCGGGGGGACCAACACCUGGUGGCGUCUGGAACCAGAGCAGUGGGCAGUAGCUGAGGGAGGAAGGUGUAGGGGUGCUAAUCCCUAGGGGCCCUGCUACUCUCCCCCUGGCCUCACCUCUUUUUUUAGUUGUCUCCAUAAUUGCUUGUGGUCCCUUGAGAAGUUCCUGGGACUUGGUGUUCAAGGGUUCUUGGUUUGGUUAUGUAGGGGACAGAGAUAGUGGGGGACAGAUUGAGGAAAGGUGGGGAGUUCAGGUGAGGGGAAGGAGGUGCUGGGGUGAGAACAUCUUUCCCCAGAGAUUUCUGGGUCAUUAAUUCAGGGUUCUUCUGGAUGGGGGUUGGGGUUAGAAGUUUAUUUUUUCGUUGGCCCAGCCACACAUACUCAACCAGAAUACUGAGGUUUAGUAUCCAAACUCAAUGUGGUCAGAAAUCUGCUGGACUUACUAACGGAGAGGCUCCCGUCCAGGUGCCCAGCCCAGCCCAGAACUGAGUGGAACCCAACCACCUGGGAUCCUAAUGUGUACAUUUUGUGUAAAUAUGUGCAUAUUUGUACAUAAAAUGAUAUUCUGUUUUUAAAUAAACAGAUAAAACCU